UGAAUUUAGAAAGUUAUGAAAAAGUUUGCUCUCCGGCAAAACAGCCAGCUAGCAUAAAUUACAUCGUGAACUGGCAAUUUUUUAGUGAAUUUACAUAAAAAUAAUUUUAAACUCCUUUCGUGGUUAAAACUGUAAUAUAUUACUGCAAUGCGAGGAACUUCCAACGUCGUUGAGUGAUUAAUUCUUCCAGUCUAGCUAGGAUUGUCAACGAAGGCUGCAUCUGCAUAUAUUUGCCCAAGAUUUGCAAAGGAGACUUCGCCACCAUCUGACCUCCUGUUUCAUGUGUGCUUAUCAAAAAGUUACAUUCCUGGUUGGAUGCGUUAAAGCACACUUCCUAUAAUGUCCCCUAGCGAAUAACGCGGAUAGUUUAGCAGAAAAAAAAAAUAUAAAAAAAAACAUUCGUAAGGACGACAAAACCUUCAAGCUGCUUAAUAAACUGCUUUUUUCGCGAAAGAAAGAACCAAACGGAAGCAAUAAGAAAGCGAUAAAAAGAAGCAAGGAAACGAAAACUAUGUCGAAGUUUUUACAAUCUAAUCCAUCGUUUGAGGAGAAAUGGCCCCAGAUGCGACCUAUUGUGCUAAAGCUUCUCAAACAGGAACCAGUCACGCAUUCUGAGUGGCAGGAUUUGUUCUACGCAAUACAUUUAGUGUGUCUUUGGGAUGAUAAAGGUCCCAGCAAAAUACAUGACUGCCUGCAAGAAGACAUUGUAACAUUCAUUAAACAGGCUCAGAGUCGUGUGCUAGCACAGCGAGAGGAACAAGCUUUACUCAAAGCGUAUAUUGUCGAAUGGCGUAAGUUUUUUACGCAAAGCAGUUACCUACCGCUUCCGUUUUGGCAGCUGGAAAAUGCACUGCAGGGUAAAAGUCAAUCUUCCAGUCACAAUUCCAGUAGCAGUUCGUCUAAAAAAUCCAACCACUCAGAUGACAGUAUCGUGCGGAAGCUUAUGCUGGACUCAUGGAAUCAAAGUAUCUUUAUGAACAUCAAACACCGACUGCAGGACUCGGCCAUGAAGCUUGUACAUGCAGAGCGGAACGGAGAAGCAUUUGACUCACAGUUGGUGAUUGGCGUACGAGAGAGUUAUGUCAAUCUUUGUUCAAACACUGAGGACAAAUUGGAGAUAUAUCGUGAAAACUUUGAAGCCGCUUAUUUGCAAGCAACAUCAGCAUUCUAUCGCUUAAAAGCCAGCGAGCACCUGCAGGCCGAUGGAGUGAAAAGUUUCAUGGAGUAUGCUGAUAUGAAGCUACGGGAAGAGGAAGCUCGAGCUGAACGGUACCUAGAGCCGGGCAGCAAUACUGCAUUAGCGCAGUGUUGUGUUACGGUACUAAUUGAAGACCAUUUACCAACUCUGCUGGCAGAAUGUGCCACUCUGAUAGAGGGUCGCGAAACUGAAAGACUUCAGCUAAUGUUCCGAUUACUUGACCGUGUUGCCGGUGGCGUCGAUCCUAUGCUUAGAGAUCUGGAAAACCACAUAGUGCAAGCUGGUCUGGCCGACAUGGUGGCUGCCGCCGAUGUCAUCACGCAAGAUUCGGAAAAAUACGUAGAACGACUGCUAGAACUGUUUCGUCGAUUCAGCAAUCUGGUGAAGGAAGCCUUUAAUGAUGACCCACGCUUCUUAACCGCUCGGGAUAAAGCAUUCAAGACGGUCGUUAAUGAUAUAACCGUCUUCAAGCUGGAACUACCGACUUCAGCAACGGCGAUGGCUCGGGGAAUCAAGUCGGCUACACCCGAGUCCAAGUGUCCCGAGCUACUGGCAAACUAUUGCGAUAUGUUGCUGCGGCGGACACCAUUCAGCAAGCGUUUGACGUCGGACGAAAUUGAAUCUCGCCUCAAGGAUGUCUUACUGGUGCUCAAGUAUGUAAGCAAUAAGGAUGUCUUCAUGCGCUACCACAAGGCGCAUCUUACAAGAAGAUUGAUUUUAGAUUCUAGUGCUGAUAGCGAAAAAGAAGAAGACAUGGUCGAAUGGCUCCGAGAGGUCGGUAUGCCCGCCGACUACGUCAACAAGCUAGCUCGAAUGUUCCAAGAUAUUAAGGUUAGUGAAGAUCUGAAUACUCAGUUUCGGGCUCAGACCACCCGCCACGAUGCCAUCAACAUUAAGAUCCUCAACGCCGGUGCCUGGGCACGGGGAUCCGAACGCGUGUCAGUUAGCUUACCGCUCGAGCUCGAAGACUACAUCCCCGAGGUGGAGGAUUUCUACAAGAAGAAACAUUCUGGCCGUAAGCUGCUGUGGUACCAUCAUAUGAGCAACGGAACGAUAACUUUCGCCAACAACUCGGGCCGGUUCGAUCUGGACGUAACUACAUUCCAGAUGGCUGUCCUUUUCGCCUGGAACCAGCGUCCCAACGAGAAGGUUUCGUAUGAAAAUCUUCGCCUAGCGACAGAACUACCGGACCCAGAGCUUCGGAGGACUCUCUGGUCGUUAGUGGCAUUCCCGAAACUCAAGCGUCAAUUGCUGCUGCAUGAUCCAGUGGUUGCGAAUCCUAAAGAUUUCGCCGAGAACACCCUAUUCUGGAUCAACCAGGAGUUCGCAUUGAUUAAAAAUGGAAAACCCCAGCGGCGUGGCAAGGUCAAUUUGGUUGGUCGUUUACAGCUGAGCACAGAGCGAUCCCAGCAGGAAGACAAUCAAUCGAUCGUACAGCUGCGAAUACUUCGCACCCAAGAAGCCAUCAUCAAGAUCAUGAAGAUGCGAAAACGACUGAGCAAUGCGGCACUUCAGGCCGAACUGGUGGACAUUCUCAAGAACAUGUUCCUACCGUCAAAGAAAAUGAUCAAAGAACAGUUGGAAUGGCUGAUAGAGCACAAGUAUAUGCGGCGGGACGAUGACGACAUCAAUACCUUUAUCUAUAUGGCAUAACGUGGUAACUGGAUCGUUACUAAUCUACCAGCCAUAACGCACGUCUUUCGAACGGUUGCUUUUGAGGUGCGAUUAAUGAACACAGGAGAUUAAAUUUUUUUAGCUGUUUAGACCAAGCGCUGCUCACAAUGAGCAGACCUGUAUUCCAAGGCAUAAGUGGAAGACGAGAGCUAAAGAAUUGAUUACAACCCGUGGUUUAAUUGUUGAUAAUUAAAAAAAACUGAAAUUGGAAUUAAGCUUGUGAUGGAAAACGUAAAAUAAAAAAAAAUGUUUUAAGAACCAA